CAAUUAAGAAAAAACAAACAACUGGUCGUUAGAAUUAGAAUCUUCUUCCGUUGUGUGGUUGUAACGUUCACUGAAACUUCAGGCCUUACUUGUUAAAUUCAUUUAAAAUUUCAAGCUGAUUCAUUUUAUUUAUAAAUCUUAACUAUUCUAGCUGGCUAGCGCAUAGCCAUAGAUCUGUUGAAGUGUUCUAUCCACGAUAAUCAUCUAGACUAGAGUAACUAGUAGAGUUAAGAGUAGAUACUAAAACUAUCCAGAUACAGAUAAAUAUAAGGAACUACUUUAAAUAGAUAUCAGGAAUGGUGAAGAAAAUGAAACGAGUAGAACGAACAGAGUCAAGAAUUGUUACCAAAAAGUGUCCAGAUUGUGAACAACAGUGUCCUGUAGCUAUUAGAGCUUGCACAAAUUGUAGCUACUCUUUUUCCAAGACUCGAAGUGCACCAAAUAAGACAGCAAAUAAAACUAGAAAUGCCUGCACAAAUCAAGGAGUUAAAGCUUCAAAGGAUUCUAAAGCUUCAACAGCUUCAAGCUCAACUUCAAGCACACCAACAGAAACUGAUUCUUUAGAUAAAGUUGGUAGAAGAUUUAGAACUAAGCGCAUGCGCCCAGACUAUUUCAAUUCACUUGAGCUAGAAUAUGCAUCACGAACAUUCAGACAGAGAAAAACGAGAGAAGAAAAAGAAUUAAAAGGUAAAAAGAAGCGUGGCAGACCAAAAGGUACAACAGGAAUACCACGUAGACCAAGAGAAGAAAAAAAAAAAGAAGAGGAAGAUGUCAAAGUGCUGCCUGAGCUAGAUGAUAUUUACAUCAACUUUACACCUGAGAGAUUGCAACAGUUUUCAUUUAUUUUAGAUGAAAUCAAUUUCAAAAUGACCUGUACAAUGUUCAGACCUUUGUAAAACAUUAUGUAAUUUAUUAUGUAAGAUUUCCUUCUUUAUUGUUUUUCUUUGUAAUUGUAGGAUUAUAUUUUUUUUUAUUGAUCUCUUUGACAUAAGCCUAAUUUGAGAUUAUCUUUAACGUGAAGUAAAAACUAAGAUAAGAUCCAUUUAUUGACAGCCAUAUUGAAUCCUUUUUCACAUGUUCAUUAGAAUAUUUUUCUUUUUUAUUUAUUUUAUGUAUAACAAUUAUUUUUAUAAUUUAUUAAAAAAGUAGAUAUUGAAAAUGUAGUUUAUUCUUCAUAUUUACUCUUGUAUUGAGAACAAAUUAAUUUGAAUUACUUAUGGCUAAAAUGUGAAAAUUAACAAUAUGGUGAUAAUGUUCAUGCAUAGAUUUUCAUUUAUAAAUACUCAUUUUUUUAUUACUCUGUAAUGUUCUAAUAACUUAUAUUCUUAAAAGAUUCAUUUUAUAAGCCAGAGAUGUCACUAGGGUUUGUGUCACCCUGUAUGGUAAACCUUUCCCCCAAAAACAAAAAAUUAAUUAAAAUUGUUAUUAGUUCGUUCUUGUCGUAAACCCUAUUACAGUUAGGUAUUUACUGAAAUUUAUUACACAUUACAAUGAUAUUGAUUCUAUUUACAAAUUUCAUUUUCAUGACAUUUUAUCAAAUGUAUUGUUAUAACUGGUGGUGAUGCGGAUAGGGGUAAUUGUGUCUGUGUGUAGCCAACUGAUACAAAUUACACAGGCCAACGCUAGACAAGUGUUAUGUUAUUUUGGAGCACUGAGUUGUCAAGCAAUUUGAGUUGGUAGUGACAUGUGGAGCAGUUUGCAGAGAGCCUGGAUAGUGGGAGUCGUUGCAACUGGUCUCAAAAGUGGAUCUACUAUGGCUGCGCUGAAACUGAUGGACGAUAUGGCAUUGAAAGAACUGAAGUUAAAGCUCCGCGAGCAAAGGCUGAAGACAGCAGAAGCAGGAAACCUUAAAAGCCCACCUCAAGGAAAACCUGGUGUAAGAGAAGGAAGAUUUGGACACGUAUGACACAGAAUAUGUCCAACGAACAGACCUGUAUCAGGCGUGAACAAGCCCCAUGUUGAAAAAACUUUGGACUAGGUAGUAGAUACACUGUGCUACGAAAGUGACUUGAAUGAUGAAGGAGCCGCACCAUCGUUGAACGUCGAACCCAUCCAAGGCUGUGACGAAACAGGCAAUUACAAUAGUGAUGCUGGUGAAGAUAGUGUGCAGCCUGUGAAUCUGACAAUCCUUACAAAAUGAAGAAAUAAGAGAGAAGGCCUAUAGUUCGACGAAAGCUUUGACUGCAGAUGUACCUGAUAUGAGCUUCUCAAUCAGCAAGACAGAUCAAGACAUUGGAUCUGCGUUCAAGCCUAUUGCUGAGGACAUGAAAUACCUGUCAAUCUGCUGCACCCCAAAAGAAGUUUGUGCAUCUGCCAAUGCAUGAGAGAGAAGCCCUGAUAGUGGUCAUGAGUCCAACAAAACCUGAUGCAGCAGAUGAUGGAUCUUUAUACUAUGAAAAUCAUCUACAAGCUCUGUUCCCAACACAUGAUUGGUCCGCUGCUGAGACUUGACAGAGAAGCCCUGAUUGUGUUCAAGGUAGCCAAAUGGAACCUGAUGCCGAAGAUGAUGAACUUUUGCAUGUUGAAUGUUACCAUCCGUCCUCCAUUUUCAAACAUUAGUAAGCCUACAUGCAUUUGCUUAUAGCAUGGUCCAGGUAUCUCCAAGUGUACCAGUUCUAUCUGUUACAAGAUUAGGUGUAUCUUCAAAUAUGUUUCUGAGUACCCUACAGUCGUUGAGGAUGUGUUAUACUCUCUCGUCUUGUAUGUGACCUUGUGGUUCUCUCUGAUCCCAGCAAAGUAGGCUCCUAUCAGACAGUGUCCCGUACGAAAACGUUUCAAAAUUGCUAGAUCCUUUCUGUCUAGCUGCCUUCAUUAAUUCUACCUGUUUAGGCGUUUUAGAAACGUUUACUUCCCGUUCGUGCUACAAUGGUUGCAGCUGUCGUAACACUUGGACUUGGUCCAUUUACAAAUGCUUAAUUUUGCACUCUCGUAUGAGCGAGAGCAGCUCUUUUCUGGGAAAACCCGAGUUCUUGGGACAAUGCCAAUGCGGUUGGCAUAAAGAAUGUCCUUUUGAUCCGACCUCUGCCCACCCAUUCGUCGACUAGGCGUCUGAGUGGGCAGCCAUCCUCCGUCCUUAGCACUUUUGCCUUGGCGCUCCAUUUCGUUGUUGCCAUCCGCUCUAUGACGUGCAAUUUUGCCGAGGCUUUUUGUCGUACUUCUUGCACAUGAGCUAAGGGUCCAGAGUAAUUUCUAAGUACCUGAGUCGUUGGUCCGUUGGGUGUGAUCCCAACGAUUUUUAGAUCUAUGGCCUCUUGGUGGAUGUCUUUUCCCAAAGUGAUUAGAGUCUGGACCGUUUAUGUCCAUAUUCCACAUUCGGGUGUAGCAUGAAACAGUAACAAGGUCACGCUGGAUUUCCGCCAUGAGAACUGUAUCGGAUCUUCCAGAUUGCUAUAUUAGUAGGUCGUCGGCUAAAUGGCUAAGUGGUAAAGCGCUUGGCUCCUGAUCCGGGGUUCCCGGGUUCGAAUCCUGGUGAAGACUGGGAUUUUUACUUUCGGAAUCUUUGGGCGCCUCCGAGUUCACCCAGCUCUAAUGGGUACCUAAUAUUAGUUGGGGAAAAGUAAAGGUGGUUGGUCGUUGUGCUCGUUAACCGUAGGCCACAGAAAUUGAUGACCUUUACAUCAUCUGCCCUAUAGACCACAAGGUCUGAAACGGGAAGUUUACUAUUGCCUGAACCCGCCCUGUUCAGGUGCGAUGAUUUUGCGUUCCUCCAAGUAUCACACGAGCUUUCUAUUGAUCAUUCUUUCAAGUAUUUUCCCUAAGCACGAUGUUAGGGAUAUCGGCCGAUAGCUUUCCGGGCAAUCAGAGGGAUAUCGGCCGAUAGCUUUCCGGGCAAUCAGCCGCUUUUCCGUUCUUUACUAAUGGGACUAUCGUUGCCACUCUCCAGGGCUUUAGGAAUUCCCCUUGUAUCCAAGUCCGAUUGAGCAAGUCGCAUAGCUUUCGUUCCCCUUUUGGCCCCAGUUUUUUCAGCAUCUCGUUGCUUACUCCGCCCGGCCCUGAUGCCUUGUGUAGUCUGCUAUUCUUUAUAAAACAUGUGCCACCUCCAUCAUAGCUAAACUGCAUUUUUCUUUUGCUAUCCUGAUGCCGUCUGGAGCCAUCAACAUUGGGGGUUUUCUUUCUUACUUUAGAGACACCAGCAAAAAAUGUGUCUGCCCUUUUGCCGUCAGUUAUUAUUGGCCUGUUCUCGGUCUGUAGAAGUGCCGCGACCUUCGGCACCCUCACACCGGUCAUAAGUAACUUGGUCAGCGAUUCUUCUGAAACUGUCUCUCUCACUAGUGUAGUGAGUUUAUUGUACUCAUUUCUGCCGUUUUGAGCCUGGUAAACCUCAUUCGGGCACCCUUUCUCUGUCUGACGAGUAAAGUAGUCGACCAAAAUAAACUGUAGCUGCGUUUGCCAUUGGUCCGCGGAAUAGCUUUUCGAGCGGCCGUCAGCUUUUACAAAGAUGUGCUCGAAGUGUAUAUCAACCUCUUCGAAGAGGUAUGCGAUACUUGAUUUGUUUUGUUUUUUAAUAUACAAACCAGUCCUUAAAAUCACUCACGAGGAGUCAAUGUUUGACGAAAAAAAAAGUAUCUAAGAUUAAGGUUUUUCUUUAAAGUUGAGCUCUCGUGUUGAUCCAGUUGUAUGCAUUGAUUAAGAAAGAAAUAGAAUCAGAAUUUGGUAGAAUAAAAUGGAGGCAAGAGAGCAAUGUGCCAGGGUUGUGUUUUAAGCCAUGGCUCGAUUGCCCGGGCCCCUGGCAUUCAAUAUGCAAAAAAUAUGCACGUUCGUUCUUAAAGAAAAUACUUGACAAAUGUUAACAUAUUGUUACGAAUCUCACUAUCCAGGCUCUCUGCAAACUGCACCAUACACCACCAACUUAAAGAACUUGACAACUCUGGGCUCCAAAGUAACGUAACACUUUAAUAGUUGAAUAAAUAACAGCCAAUACUGUACAAUUGGCAACACGUACACUGUACAAAUAUCUCUCCGAUAACACCGUUCCGCCGUAUCAACUCUUGCACUGGCCUCUCCGUCUCGUUCCGGGCUUGCACUGCGUUCAACAGUUCAGGACUGACUUCACACACUAGGCUCGUUGUGUCGGACUCGAUCGCAGACCAAGAUCAAGACGCCAGCCGUCUCAACCGUACUUGACCUGUAGUGAACCGGGCUCUGAACCCCUGCCGUGAACCUUCUGUCGUGAACCUUCUCUCGUGAACCUUGCUGUAAUGAGCCCCUUUUCUCGACCGUCUUGACUGCGAUACCUCCGCUCUUAUAUAGGGUCCCUACUGGCCUUCUCGAACCGGACAGAACGCCGCUCGACGUUUCCAGGUGGUCAGAUGACUACAACUCUCGUGACUCUCCUGAGCUCUGUUCACGAACCGCCGUCGAUCCUUCCCGAACCGCCGUGUUGACACUCGACUCGGCUGACCAUCGUAACUCGUCACGGUUGACCGCUCGUCUAGCGCUGGCCUGGGGCGAUUUGCGUCGGCUGACUACACUCACACCACUACCCCCAUCUGCGCCACCACCAGGUUUAUAACAAUAUCAAUAUAAUAUUGAAUGAGAUUAAAUUAUUUACAAUGAAUAACAAUGAUAACAUGAUGUAUUAUUGAAUUUAACAAUGUCACAAAUAUUGUAAAAUAUAUAUUAUGUCAAUAGUUGAGUGAGCAUUCCGAACCUUGUGAUACCACAGGCCCAACACCACACAUCUAUCUUCUAUAUAUAAAAUUCUCUUCGUCGGCCGACCAUGCGAGACAUGCAUCAUGGAAAGAACUCUUUUAUUUCUGCAAGUCGCACUUGAGUUACCCCACGUAACUUUCGCGGCGAAAAAAAAAAAGAGAACGGGGAGACCAGGUCUUCUCUGUAUUCACCCGUCACUAUAUAAUAUAUAGCCGGACUUAACCAUUGCAAAGCCCCGUUUGGGUAGGGAUACCGAUAAUAAGUUUGUAUUAGAAAAUAAAUUCGUCUUUGCAGUUUAUUAUUCUUUACUACGUAUAGAAUUACUUUACAAGCCUUGCGUGUAGCGAAGUCAUACAGUAUAUCAUGUACCAUUACCACAUCGACCUCGUACUUAGGACAUAAUCUUUUGCAUCAGGCCGCUUUAUCUCGAAGCUGCCUAUUGGCCUUUUGUUGUAUAACCUUAAGCUGUUGCCUUAAUCCAAGACCAUUUUCCGUCUUCGUCCCGAGACAUGACGUUUAAACUGCACUCUUCUUUGCUUAGCACUUUUGGAGCUCAAAAAUGCCCUUCUUUUUGUACGCCUUCAUUGCCCAUCAUUGUCUCCUUAUCUUUAAAAUCUCUCUACAUCUUAGACCAUUCCGUUUGCCGUGGACUGCGACGGGUAAGGGGGAUAAGAGGGGCGUGGCAGUCUGUGCCCGAUGUGCUGCACCGCCCAAUUCAAUUGCCUUAACUGUCACCCUGACCACUCGGUCUACUCCAAGUGUUCUGUUGUCACAGAUUAAUAAUACAUUACUCUAGAUGUUACUAAUUAAUAAUGAUAAUAACGAGACUGUCUUUAUCAAGGUAGACAUAUAUAACUAACUUUUAUUUCCGUCCGAUUCUUUGCUUUCGUAUAAAACAUAAACAACAAACAAUGACGUAAUAUCUUCUAAUAUUAGCACACCAAGGACUGCCCUGUGUGGUAACUUGACAAUGUAAGUAUCUUCAGCCAGGCGAUGUCAACUGUAUUGGCCCUACCCAAGGGCCAAUUUGGAUUGACAAAGACCUAUCCCCAGGCUGUAGUUAAGAUAGGAAAACAUCGACCCAAACACCCCCCUCCUCCUCCACCAACUCAGAAGAAGAAAAAACACCACGAAGCGCACCCCCAAAGCGAAAUGAAAGCUCUUUUGCUGUUAAUAAACAGAUUCUCUGUGCUGGCUGACGAGGGCAUGGAGACUGAGCAGCACGAGAAAACCAUCACUCCGGGAGAAUCUGGAGACAACAUGUCUGACUCUGAGAACCCAGCCAGACACCCCAACCUCUACCGAAUUAGGGAUGAAGCCAAACUAAAGAAGAAGAUACCUGAAUUGAGGGAAGAGGAAAUAGCCUCAGCUUUAACCGGGGGGAUCUUCUUUCUUCAGAUAGAAAGACUUACACCAAAGGGGGGUGUCCUCUCCAUCCAAACCUAAGUCUAAAAACACAAACACGGGAAUAAAGGGAAACCCUUUCGGUCAUGGGCGUAGCCAGAUUUUUUUUUCUUUGGGGGGGGGGGGGUUAGUGGGGAUUUCCCCCCUCCCCCCCCCCCCCUCGCAAAAAAAAAUUUAUGUGUGUACAUGAUCUUUAUUACAUUCUAACCCUUCCUUCUUACUUAACACGUUUAUUGUGCCCUAGAAUAAGUUCUUCCUGUAGUUAGUGGAAAUAAUUGUUGACUGCCCGCCGUUGACAGCCAAGCACUAUUUCUGGUAUUGAAUGCCAAUUAAAUGCAUAUUCUGAAGUAUCUACAGUGCAUUUUCCUGCUAUUAAAAGUCUUAUUUCAAAAAUUAAUGUACUAUUCUUACUUACUUAGACCCUCCUGCGUUAUUCGGCGCAUUUGCCGUCUAGCUGUUUCCACAAAAAUCUGUCACUGGUAAUGUCUGAAGCCUCUUCCCACCUGCUCUGAGGACCUCCAUGAAUGUGUGGCGCCAAAUUGUACUAUGAUGUCAUCGCAACUCUUAUUAUGCGUAAUUCAUUUUGUCGGAGAACAUGUGCCGCAAACCUCGUGCGACGCUCUGUCACAAUCUUACUAAGGGGUCGACUCCCAGUUCGGCAUAGAAUGUCCUUGAUUUAGACCCGAUCUCAAUAACUGACUCCUUAAAUCUGUCUUAGCCAUCUUUGUUGAGCCACAUUUAGUGUUUUUUAAUUUCGGUAGAUGACUAUUCGCUGCACUUUAUUAAUGGAGCCCCGCCACUGGUAGAAAUAUGUAACCUUUCUUGAAUACGCUAUGGAAUUAGGUGACUGUAGUUUGCUUUAGAUUUUAUAUCGAAAAGGGAAGUUUUAUCGUCAAAAUCAUCUGUUGGGGGGUUUAAACUAAAAAAUCUCAGGUCUUUGUUGUUGUUUUUUUUUAAAUUCAAAACCCCAUUUAGCUACGAUCAUAGAAUUUGGUAACUGUAGUUUGCUUUAGAAUAAUAUUGAAAAUAGAGGUUUUCCACCUUACAACGCUCUGUAGGGGGAUUUUAAACUCAAAACCAUCUGAAGGAAAGGAGUUUAAACUCAAAAGCCUCAAUUUGCUUGGCUACGCUCAAAUAAUUUUAGUGUGUAAUUUGCUUUUUUUAUAUUGAAGAGGUAUUUUUUUAGCAUCAAACCCUUCUGAAGGGCGAUUUAAAUUCAAAACCCCUUUUGGCAACGCUCAUAGCAUUUUGAGUGCGUAAUUUGCUUUUUUUUUUAAAUUGAAGAUGUAUUUUUAGCUUCAAACCCCGCUGGCGGUGGGUUUAAACUCAAAACCCCUUUGACUACGCUUAUAGAUUUUAGAAUGUGUAAUUUGCUUUUUUUUUUAUUAAAGAUGUAUUUUUAAGCUUCAAACUCCACUGGAGGGGAGUUUAAACUUAAAACUGAGUCAAAACACAUUUAGCUACGCUCAUAACAUUUUGAGUGCAUAAUUUACUUUUUUUUUCAUAUUGAAGAGGGUGUUUAUCGUAAAGUUUGGAGGGGAUUUUAAAAUCAAAAUCAUCCUUAACUGUGCUCUUGGAAUUUGGGGAUUGUCGUUUGCAUUUUUUUGUUUUAUAGAAGAGGGGGAUUUAACUGCAAAAACUCCAGGUAGGGGGUAUCAAACUCAAAACCCCCUGGUAGGGGGUUUCAAACUCAAAACCCCCUGGUAGGGGUUUCAAACUCAAAACCCCCUUGGCUGCGCUGGGGCAAGUGAUGGUUUAGUAUUAAAAUUUUACCUAAAAUAAACAAAAUCAAAGCAAAAAAUCACUCACUAAAGUCCGUCUCCCCCCCCCCAUCCCAUGGUAGGGGGUUUCAAACUCAAAACCCCCUGGUAGGGGUUUAAAACUCAAAACCCCCUUGUUUUAGUAUUAAAAUCUCACCUAAAAUAAACAAAAUCAAAGCAAAAAAUCAGUCACUUAAGUCCUUUGGGGGGGAUUGAACCCCAAACCCCCCCCCCCCUUGGCUACGCCUAUGCUUUCGGUGGCCUUUCCGAUGCUUAAUAACUCCAAGUAGGUCAUUUAAAAUAAGCCAUGAAUUCCAGGAUUGUGCAGUGGAACUGUAGAAGCCUCAUUGCCAAUUUUGAGGAAAUGCAGCUACUGAAGGGUUCAGAGAUUCCUGUAGCUGUCUGUCUAAAGGAAUCAUUUCUGAAAAACUCAUCAGUUUCCGAAGCUACAGCGCAUAAAGCAGGACUGUUGAGGAUGCGGAGAAAGCAUAAAGGUGGAAUCUGUAUCCUUAUGAAGGACAGCAUCCCCAUGAGAGAAUAGAACUCCAAACCACACUACAGGCCGUAGCAGCUAGGCUAACCCUACACAAGGUUAUCACUUGCUGCAGCUUGUAUCUACCCCCAAGCGCUUCAUUGAAUUCAACAGCUCUUUCGGCCCUAUAUACGCCUUCGAGACUUCAUUGCCCAUAGCACUAUGUGGGGAUCCAUCAAUACUGACACCAGAGGUCGUAUUCUGGAGAAUAUCUUCCUCUAACAUGAUAUAUGCAUACCUAAUGAUGUAUCACCGACCUACUUGCACCCAGGAACUGGAUCUCUCACGUGCAUUGACCUCACCGUAUGCGUUUGUGGACGACUUUAAAUGGUCAGUAAGCAACGAUCUACGGGGAAUUGACCACUUCCCAUUCAUCAUUGCUAACACUCUCACCUCAUUGGGACGACCUCAGCGAAGGAAGCGAAAUAAAGCCAACUGGGAACAAUUCCAAAGAAGAUGCUCCGAGGAUAUCAGUCCAGCUGCUUUUUUUGCUAGCAAGCUACUUGACAUUGCCAGGAAAGUUGUACCCCUAACUUCCGCAAAUCCAAAACGGCCUAGCAAACCUUGGUUUGAUACAGCUUGCAAAAGUGCUUCGGGAUAGCCCGAAAUUUCGGGUUCUGAGGGGUCCGAUUCCCUUCCUCUCUGGGUUUUAGUCGACUUUUUUUUUCGAAUUUGGUCAAAAUUUCUUCGCAUUUUCCCCGUUAAUAUUAGUUUGCUAGUUCCGAUCGCGCGGGCAGCUAUUUUAAAACAAGAUAGACUGGUUUUGGUUUCAUAUCUCGCGAUACGCGACACUCUCACUUUACAUGCAGUUUUAUUUAUUUAUUGUUUUAGAAUGUAAACAUUUUAUACGGAACGCGCCUCGAAUAAGAAUUUUGGAUCUAGAGUCUAGAUCUAAGAUCUAGAAUUAGAUCUGAUCUAGAGCUAAACUGUAAACGUUUGUAAAAUCUAGAUCUAGUAUUUGGAAAAAAAUCUUGUCUAGAUCUAAGGGAAAGCCGUGUCAUUUUGGAGUCGAUCUGGACUACAUCACAAGUGAAUUUUAUCUUGUUGUAAUAGAUUUAUUGGUCCAUGCAUAUACCUUAUUCAUUAUAAUGAUAGGCCUACUAAUUACAUACCGGUAUUUAAAAUAUGGGGGCAUAUAGAUCUAUAUGUUCUAAUUCUUUGAAGUGGUGCCAUUUUGAACAAUAAAUAAAUUCUGCCCCUC